AUGCAUAUGCAAAAUGACAGUAUGAUUCCUUUUUCCUUCCUCGUAAUAUCUUAGUAAUAAUUAAACUCAUUUGUUCUUCACCCUCCUCAAAUCUUGAAGCAUCUCAUGCACUUCAACACAAAGUUCUUGAAAUAAGUGUGUACUAUAGAUGCCGUUACCUUGAUCACACUUAAAUUGGUUUGCUUGCAAUCUUGUUGGAGUACCUAAUCUAGAGAAAAUGGUAGCUAAGAUAGUUGAUCUUCGGUCGGAUACAGUGACAAAACCAACUGAAGCAAUGCGAGGUGCUAUGGCAAGUGCUGAGGUUGAUGAUGAUGUUCUUGGACGUGACCCCUCCUGUUUUCGCUUGGAGACAGAGAUGGCAAAGUUAUUGGGAAAGGAAGCUGCACUUUUUGUUCCAUCAGGCACCAUGGCCAACCUUAUAUCUGUGCUUGUGCAUUGUAACAUUAGAGGAAGUGAAGUUAUUCUUGGAGAUGAUUCCCACAUACACAUUUAUGAGAAUGGAGGCAUUGCAACCCUUGGAGGGGUGCAUCCAAGAACAGUUAAAAACAAUGAAGAUGGAACAAUGGACAUUGAUUUAAUCGAGGCUGCAAUCAGAGAUCCAAAGGGAGAGUUAGUAUAUCCAACCACAAGGCUUAUUUGCUUGGAAAAUACUCACGGAAACUGUGGAGGUAGAUGUCUUUCAGUUGAAUAUACAGACAGAGUAGGAGAGGUUGCUAAAAAGCAUGGAUUGAAGCUUCACAUUGAUGGAGCCCGAAUAUUUAAUGCAUCAGUUGCACUAGGUGUCCCUGUGGGUAGGCUUGUUCAAGCAGCUGAUUCAGUUUCGGUAUGUCUGUCAAAAGGCCUGGGUGCUCCAGUUGGAUCUGUUAUUGUUGGUUCCAAUAGCUUUAUCAGCGAGGCUAGAAGGCUCAGAAAAACCUUAGGUGGUGGAAUGAGGCAAGUUGGCAUCCUUUGUGCAGCUGCACUAGUUGCUUUACAGGAAAAUGUUGAAAAGCUAGAAAGUGAUCACAAGAAAGCUAAACUUUUGGCUGAUGGAUUGAAUGAAAUUAAAGGACUGAGAGUGAAAACCUCUUCUGUGGAAACCAAUAUGAUAUAUGUUGAAAUUGAAGAGAGAUUAGGAACUACAGCAUCCAAGCUGUGCAAGGACUUGGAAGACUAUGGUAUUCUUCUCAUGACAGUUGGCUCAUCAAGAUUGAGAAUUGUGUUCCACCACCAAAUAUCUGCAAGUGACGUGCAGUACACCUUAUCAUGCUUUCAGCAAGCUGUGAAUGGUGUACGAAAUGAAAAUGGCAACUGAAGUUUGCAACUUGGUGGCACAUGAAAAACUAACACCAAAUUCCAUUCCAUGAUGAGAAUAAUAAGCAUGAAGCUUUGUGAAAAGGUUUUAGAAUGAUCCAAAGUUGCCUGAAUAUGAAGCUGCAUUGGGAAACAAUGUAUCGUGAAGGCUUUAUGGAGUCUUUUGAACUCUUAAAAUUUUCAGUAUCUUCUUCCUUUCCUGCAUUUUAAUUAGUAAGAAAUACUAGCAAAAAGUAGUUGCUUGGUUGUUCUAUUCCUAGGUGGAUCUAGCUUAAUCAAAUUUAAUAUUUUAAAAUUUAUAUUCAAGCAUUUGAUA